GUAUGAAAUGGCAGAAACUGCCUCUGUGUCACGGACUCAAAGAUUAGACUACGUAGUACACAUGUAUUUUGCAGACCCAGGCCUGCCAGUGGAAGGAAACGCAGUGGAUUCAGAGGUUGUCCUACUAAGCAAAAAAUAAUAUAAUAUCUUCAAACAUUCUGCUGUAUAUUUCAACGGAAGACCAGAAACCGUGGUUUGACAGUUUUGGAAUUUCUAACGCGUUCUUUUGGAGUAGGGUCUUGAGACAGAAGUCCCACUUGGAUGCCCAAAACACACACUUUGUCCAGAUUUCAUCAUGAAUCGGAAUAAGCGUGAAAAGGAGUAUUACAGUCUAGAUGUCGGGGAUUCCACUUUUACGGUUUUGAAGCGCUACCAGAAUUUAAGACCCAUAGGCUCCGGAGCACAAGGGAUUGUCUGCUCAGCGUAUGACCACAACCAUGAACGAAAUGUGGCAAUUAAAAAACUCAGCCGGCCUUUCCAGAACCAGACCCAUGCCAAAAGAGCUUACAGAGAACUGGUGCUCAUGAAAUGUGUCAACCAUAAGAACAUCAUUGGCCUAUUAAAUGUAUUCACGCCACAGAAGACGCUGGAAGAAUUUCAAGAUGUGUAUAUUGUGAUGGAGCUGAUGGAUGCCAACCUGUGCCAGGUGAUUCAGAUGGAGCUGGACCACGAGCGGCUGUCCUAUCUGCUCUACCAGAUGCUGUGUGGCAUCAAGCACCUUCACGCCGCGGGCAUCAUACACAGGGAUCUGAAACCCAGCAACAUUGUGGUAAAGUCUGACUGCACGCUGAAGAUCCUGGACUUUGGAUUGGCCAGGACAGCGGCCACGGGACUCCUGAUGACCCCGUACGUGGUGACCCGCUACUACCGCGCCCCUGAAGUCAUAUUGGGCAUGGGUUACCAGGCCAACGUGGAUAUAUGGGCUGUGGGCUGCAUUAUGGCAGAAAUGGUUCGCCACAAAAUCCUUUUUCCAGGAAGGGAUUAUAUUGAUCAGUGGAACAAGGUGAUCGAGCAACUGGGGACUCCAAGUCAGGAGUUCCUGAUGAAGCUCAACCAGUCAGUGAGGACUUACGUGGAAAACAGACCCCGCUAUGCCGGCUAUACCUUCGAGAAGCUCUUCCCUGACGUCCUCUUCCCAGCCGACUCAGAGCACAACAAACUGAAAGCAAGUCAGGCCAGAGACCUAUUAUCGAAGAUGCUGGUAAUAGAUGCAUCCAAACGGAUCUCUGUGAGCGAGGCUCUCCAGCACCCCUACAUCAACGUGUGGUAUGAUCCAACUGAAGUGGAGGCGCCCCCACCACUGAUCACAGACAAGCAGCUGGAUGAGAGAGAGCACACGGUGGAGGAGUGGAAAGAUUUGAUAUACAUGGAGGUUCAGGACUGGGAGGAGAGAACGAAGAAUGGAGUGAUCCGGGGACAGCCAGCGUCUUUAGGUAGCACAGGUGCAGCAGUGAGCAGCAGCUUCCAGCAGCACCCUUCUGCGUCGUCCUCGUCCGCCAACGAUGUGUCCACCAUGUCCACCGAUCCCACCCUGGCCUCGGACACAGACAGCAGCCUGGAGACGGCCUCUAACACGGACCCGCUGGGCUGCUGCAGAUGACCAUCACCCUGCCCUGGUCCCUGUCCCACCAGUCCCUCCGCUUGUCUUCAAUGGUGUAGAGUUUAGGCCAGUUUCAAUGUUUGUUUGUAAAAAAAAAAAAAAAGUUUUAAAAAAGAUUUUUUUUUUCCUUAAAGUA